AAGAGUUACGGGUUUCUUUCAUUUCGGUAUGGAUUUAGGCUAACACUUCAGGAAAUGCUUAUAACUAGGCUAAAUAGAGAACAAAAAAAACAUUUAACAGAACAAUGCAAUUGAAUGGCAAAUGUGAAAUUAUAUGUUGAAGCAUGCUUGCCUGGUUCACAGACCCAAUGGAGACGGAACAAUCUCUAACUACUUUUCAGAUGUUCCAACAUAAUUUUAUUGGAAAUGACUUAAGGCUGCUUAAAACUGGUUGUUUUUUAGAUGCGACAGGGAGAAAUUAGGAAGUUGUAUUUUGUAAUGAUAGACUGUUUUCACUUAUAUUAAAUGCAAUUUAAUAUGACCACGUUACCUUUUUAUAUGACAUUACAUGAGGAAACAUGACAUGUCUUCGGGGAUUUUAGGCUAUAGGUUCCAAUUCGUUUUUUUGCAACAAAGUUAAGUUAGUGUAACGUAUUAACUAUUUGGACGGACGUCACUUAAGUUUAUAAAAUAGAGCGAGGCCCAACUAUACAGACGUGUAAAUGAGAAGUGAAAGAGCACGAGACCAGUCUUUUUCUUAAUUAAUUUCGUGAAAUUAACUUUCAACUGGUUGGAAUGGAAUGAGGAACAUCACAACCAAAGGCGGAGCUUGCCUUCACUGCAGAUGGUUGCGAAGUAUCAGAGUCAGUGAAAUAGUGAUACAGUGGGUGUUCUAUUUACGCACACACCUCCCUGUCCCCGGUAGACUAGGCUAUGUCACUACUCACAAGACGUGUGAGAUAUAUUUUGUAACGGUCAGUUAGAUCUGGGAACGCGCAAUUUAUGUCACUAUGUAACUAUAAGAGAGGCAGGAGACAGGAGAACAUAGCGAAGCUCGAGCGUUCAUUGUUUAUUUACAUGUCGAUGAAUAUAGUGCUGUGUUUUUCUCCCUCUGCAGGCAUAGAUUAUAGUAGAUUAUUGAUUGAUCUUUGAUGUAUUAUAGUAGCUAACACUGCCGACUCAAGAAUGUAUUUUUGCUUCACCCAUUGAAACUCCACUAGUGAUCAGUUUAGUGAUUAUACAUUUCAUUUAUCUUGUUACUCCUGUGACCUCUAGUGGUGGAAAACAGACAUCGUGUUAUUAUUUUACAGAGAUUACCUGGAAGACCCUGCAGACAGUUAUUAGGAGGGCAGAGAUGGCUUUUGUCAUGGCCUCAGUGGACCCAUAUACUGACAACUGGAAUGACGCAACUGGAAUGGACGAAAACUUCUCGUGGCCAAGAAACUGGACUGAGGAGGACGACGAGUAUUACGAUGACUACUACGAAGACCAGCCUGAGCUGAGGAAGUCCCUAAACAUCAUGUCACUUGUCGUCUAUUCCCUGGCGUUUGUCUUGGGUGUGCUGGGGAAUGGUGUGGUGAUCUGGGUGACUGGAUUUAAAAUGAAGAAGACUGUGAAUACCGUGUGGUUCCUGAACCUGGCGGUGGCUGACUUCCUAUUCACAGCAUUUCUGCCUCUAAGCGUGGCCUACACAGCCAUGGAUUUCCACUGGCCCUUUGGCAGGUUCAUGUGCAAAGUCAACAGCACCCUGAGCACGCUGAACAUGUUCUCCAGCGUUUACAUCCUCGUCGUGAUCAGUGUGGACCGCUGCAUUUCUGUGGUGAAGCCGAUCUGGGCACAAAACCACCGAAGCGUGCAAAGAGCGUCAGCAGUGAGCCUUGUCGUCUGGUUCCUGGCCCUGGUGCUCAGUUCGCCCUCCUUUGUGUUCCGGGACAUCGCUCCCGGUGUGAAGAACGGCAAUAUCAUCAACUGUUUCAACAAUUACGCCUCCUCAGACGACCAUUCCCCCGAAGUGGUGGCAUUGAGGUCACUGCGCCACUGUGUCAUGAUCAUAACCCGGGUCAUACUUGGCUUUGUGGUGCCAUUUGCCAUCAUUGUGUCCUGCUAUGCCGUCAUCAUUCAUCGACUCAGGACGAGCCGCUCAAUGUCGGGACGAACUGGCCGACCCUUCAGGAUAAUUGCGGCUGUUAUCACUGCGUUUUUUGUGUGCUGGGCACCAUUUCACAUCAUGGCGAUCAUUGAGAUGAUUAAUCAUAUGAAGCCAGAGUCAGAUUUCAGUCCAACUCUUCAUCAUGUCACAAUGAUUGGGGUUCCGAUUACCAGCAGCCUGGCCUUCCUUAACAGCUGCCUGAACCCCUUGCUGUAUGUCUUCAUGGGUCAGGAUUUCAAGGACAAGGUGCGCAAGUCCAUCCUGAAGGUGCUGGAGACAGCGUUCACAGAGGAAGUGUCUCGCACCAACACGUACACCAACUCAAUGAUCACCAGCCGCAGUAAGGAAAAGUCAUUUUCCGAUGCAGAGGUGUGAGUUAUUGCGUAGGUCCUUAUCAGGGACAUGUGAAGUCUGUGUCACUUCUCAAGAACAACCACUUUGGCCCAACGAAAGCAUCAGACUACAAACACAGUGCUGGGGUGUGAUAUGUGAGCUUGAGCUGUAAAUAACUGUUUAUUUAAUCAGUUCUGUAUCUUCAGGUUGUGAUCCUCCAUGCAGUAGCCUGAUAUGAAAAUGGGGUUUGAAUGAAAUACUACUAUAGACUCGUUGAACUAUCUGUAAAUCAAGACAUUUUAUACAUUGAAGGUGCAUAUAAACUACAUGCACUUGAAUUCAGAACUCCUCUUGAAGGUUCACAGAAGUGUACUGUGGGUGACCCAGUCACGCCCUACAGGAGUUUCAACAGACAGCACCCUGGGUAAUUGCACUGAAUAAAACCUGAGACAUAACAUUCCGCUUUAGAGGUUUGGAGGGCUUCCAAGAUUUACUCCGCACACCUCCUAAUGUGGUUAACUCAUACAUUUUUCUUUUAAAUUAAAACUGUGCUAUCACCACCAAAACAGUAUGUUAGUUAAUGCUGUGGACAGAACAAAAUAAAAGUUCAUCAAAUCAAAGACCCAUUAAGAUUGGAUGUAACCGUGAAUAUGGGAUGUGCGUUAUUAGCCAGCCCCAAAGUUUGACAAGCUGCAGCACAAAAAUGAACCCCUGAGUGAUCUUUCCCUCUUUUUGGUGACAUUGAACAGGUACAGAAUGUCAGUUUGGAAACUAUCAUUUAUAGCCUCGUCUCUGAAUAAAAGGUAGAGUGAGUGCUUUUUAUAAAUACAUAAAAAGGGCUGAAACAGAGAAACAAAGUAAAGUGCACAGUAAUAUUAAUAUGGGGAACACUGUUUAUUUAUCAUACCUUCAGUUACAUCAUCCAGAGGUCCAAACGCUUUUGACAAAAAAAAACUACCCCUGUACCUUUAAGACUAACUUAUUAAGAAAUUAACUAUAACAUAUUUACUAAAUAUAAUGAAAAGCAUGCCAUAAAAUUGUUUUUGUAUUUCUGCAAUUGCGACAAAAACACGUGAACCCCUGGUUAGUAGUCAAUGAUGUCAGAAUAUUAGUCUAUACAGGUUAAUAGAGGUCAACACCUCUAUUGUACAUAGGUGAGUAAAAAAAUAAAUGUGUGUCAAAUGUUUUUAUGUGACCUUUUGUUUUGUUUUGAACAAAGCCAAUUUAUAAGGCUAAAGUGAUUUCCAUGUGUAUAUAAGUAAGAUGGAUAACUUCAUAUAUCUGCAUGACAAGACAUUAUGUAAGUGAAAUAUCAGUGACUAAUUGACUUGUAUUCUCCACUUGUAUUUGAAAAUGUGGCUGCAGCUGUACAGUCGCCCACAGGGCGUAAGUAGAUACGUGUCAACCAUUUUUUCAUGCAGCUAUCAGGACCAUUUUAUCAAGCCCUUAUGGUGCCUCUAGUGUGCCGCCUUCAGUAAAGGUACAAGUAUAAUAUUGCUUUGAGACUGAAUAUUUUACCCUGAAGAACUGAGAUGCAUUCUGUCUGUAAGAUGUGUCACCACUGUUGUACAUGGAUGCAUUUAUGGAUUUGAUGUCACGUAUUAAACAUGCUCUAACAAACAUAAUAAAGACUAACCAGUAUUUCAUUUGAACAGGCUUUAUGCAUUAUGACAUCUUCACCUGUAAUAAAACAAGUCUAAUGUCGCAGAAGAAAAUGCAUCGCAGGGCUUCUGCUAACCUGUGCUCAUAACUUUAUAGCUGAUGCAGUUCGCUGAUGACCGUGUGGCUGUAGCCUGAUAGUCAGAUGAGAGAUGUUUGAAACUAGUCAUGUGGGUGUUCGCUACUAUCCGCGGUAGGUCUUGGAACAUAUCCCCCGCGGAUACAGGGGCCGUACUGUAUUAUGUUCAUCACAGAACAGUAGCCUGGGCGAGACUCUUUCAGAACCAGACCAUUUAUAAGCCAGUGAUAAUAAAGUGCAUAAACAUGUAACAUAUAUGGAAAUUAAGAAUACUCUAGCAACAAAUGCACUCAUUCGCAAAGGUUAUUUUUGUAUUUCCCAUUCAAUUUGUCAUACCCUUCUGUGGACUGUAUUUCAUCUGUCGCAACCAACCACACUCUCCACAUCCGUAAUUUCACAACCACAUUUCCUGCCCCCCCUUACUAAGCGGUCCAUGACAUACAUUCCUCGGUCCGUUCAGACUAUUUGUGUGUUGGGAAAUAAAAUCAAUGAUCCACUAAUUAAAAGUCUGUGAAUUAGAUGAAAUAAACAUUUUCAUAAAUGUA